UCUCCUUAGCUCACAAGUCACAAGUCUCGUAUGACAUACACUCCUCUAAUACAUGAGUCUUCUUCAAUAGUCAUUUUCCUUAUCUCUCUCACUCUCUCCAUCGAUAUUGUCAAACAUGGACAAAAGAACGAGGCUCAGGGUUCCAAGCAUAGUCCGGUCAUCACUACGCUCUUGCCGAUCACGAGAUCUAUACGACGUCGUUGACACUUCUGCUGUUGCAAGUCACACCACCUCUUCCGAGAGAUUCUUCGUUACCGAAGCUCCACGCGUGAAGAAUCACAAACCUAAGCCUUAUGCCUUCCCUCCAAACCCUUUCUACGAGGGAAGCCGUUCCUUUCGAGAUAUAAGGAAGAAGAUUAAGACAAAGAGGAAGCAGAGAUCAACUCAGUUUGGUUCUGAUCCUCUUCUUACCUCUAGUUUUAAGUCAAGUGGGUCUUGGUGCUGGUCGUGUAGCGAGGAAGAAGAAGAGAGUGACGAUAGAGAUACACUCGUUUCUUCUAGAAGCUUCUCCUCGGACUACUCUAAGGGGGAGAGUUUUGCGGUGGUGAAGAAGUCACAUGAUCCGUAUAAGGAUUUCAGGAAGUCAAUGGUGGAGAUGAUUGUUGAGAGACAGAUCUUUGCAGCGGCCGAGCUACAACAGCUUCUUCAGUGUUUUCUAUCGUUGAACUCCCUUCAACACCACAGUGUUAUAAUCCAAGUGUUCUUAGAAAUAUAUGCCACCUUGUUCUCUACCUAAUAUCUAUCUCUCUCUAUAAAAACUUUUACUAAUCACUAUGUUCAA